UGAAAGUAAAGAUGAUUACGAGCCACAGUUGGAUGGAUCAAUCGUGUACAGCUCAGUAAUAAACGACGUAAUUGAAAAUGUAAAAAAAGAUUUUGAAGACUUUGGAGAUGACGGGACGAUUUUGGCGAAGCUAAAACGCGUAAGAGUUGGCACCCUGUUUACGUGGGAGCAUAAGAUUAAAAGUGCAAAAGUUGCAACAUGGGAUCAGAAUGAUGUAGCUGUAGGAGAAGAGCGUGGUCAGAGUAGUAGUGGUGGUUUGAGUGUUUCUACGCCGUUUUCGCAGCCGCCGCAAAGCGAAACCAUGCCUAAAGGACCAUCCGGUCAAGAGUAUGAUACACCGGCCGCGAAUCUUGCUAUUCUUGCAACCAAUACGAUCAUGUCUGAUAACAACGGAGUGGGCAGGCCUCAACAUUUUCUGCCGCAAGCUAAAAAUGGAAAUGGAAUCUCAUUACCUUCUACCACCGCAACUGAUAAUAUAGCCAAAUAUGUGUAUGGUAACUCACAAACUGAGGCAUUACAGAUGUCACAAAAUAAUGCAUUCGUAGGCCAACCUACAUCCUAUAUGCAAACGAUGGGAAAUAAACAGAUUUUAUCCCGAAUCAAUUCCUAUGCGAUUUUUUAUGCCGUGUAUCCGAAAAUCAAGGAAAUCGAUAUGCACGAACAAAAGCUGAAAGAAAAUGGUUCUCGCGCGAUCGGAGAGGCCAUCCAGAACGCUCCUACUCCACCACCACAACAACCAAGUUUUGAUUCAUCGAACAGAGAAUCGAGAUUAACUGACUCAUUUCCUGAGGAGGAUGAAAGUAUGAAAGAACUUUACACUGAAACCUCGCAAUAUCGUAAUUGGAAUUUUACAAAGGAUAAGCUACGAGAAACUCGUGAAAUAAAUCAUAAACUAGCCGUAGAAAGAGUGAAGAAAAAAAUACUGGAAGAAUCGAUUUUACAAAAGCAACUUUCCGAAAAUUCUUCACCCUCACAUAGAGAACAAACAGAACGCGCGAAUUCCCCGAAAUCAGAAGUAGAAUGCCUAACUUUGGAAGACGAAUUGGCCUUAUGCAAAUAUUAUGAGACUCAGAUACGUGCGAUGAUCGCCCAAUUUUCCAAUGAUAUUCGUGAAAAUAAAUUUACCGAUAAAGUCUGGGCGACAGCAGUUAUCUUUGUCAAAAGAUUUUAUCUACGAAACACG